AUGGUUCAAGAGAACCUUGUUGAAUACCUUGUGGUGGAUACCAUAGCGUUCAUUCAGAAUGCACCUUUGCAAGACAUCUCUAAUAACAUUGUAACCUGCCCAGAAGUAGUGGACGAAAUCAAGAACAAGAGACAGUUACGACGGCUAGUCGUUUUGCCUUACAAUUUGGUGGUUAAAGACGUGGAUCCAGAAAAUGUACACAUCAUCACGGAAUUCGCCAAGAAAACUGGGGACUAUCCCAGUCUUUCGGCAACAGACAUCAAAGUUAUGGCUCUCACAUAUCAGUUACACAAGGAACAUGUAGGUACAGAGGGCUUAAGGACAGAACCUGUAAUGCAAAAAGCUGUGGUUACUACAAAAAAUGAAACUGCUAAUAUUAAUCCAGAUGUAACAGGGUUCUUUAUUCCUGGUAAGACAACUGCUUCAACUGACGGAGCUGUAGAAAAUGAUGAGAAAACUGAAUGUGAAGACCAGGAAGAUGAGAAUGAAGUACAAUGGAGUGUUACAAUAGACAGAGUCGACCAAGUAGAAAUUGCAGAAAGUGAAGAAGAAAAUGAGUCUGAAGAAAAACUUGUAGAUCAAAAUGAAGAAGAAUAUUCUACAAGUGAAGAUACUGAAGAUGAUGAUGAUGAAGAUGGAGGAGGCUGGAUCACUCCUAGUAAUGUAAAAAAAGCAAAAAUGCAAGUAAACUCACUGUUCUUGCAGGAGCAACGUGCUGUUGUAGCAUGUAUGACCACAGACUUUGCAAUGCAGAAUGUUUUGAAGCAGAUGAACUUGAAUGUAUCUGCUUUGGACGGUAGACUGAUCAAGCACCUUCGUACCUACAUUUUAAGGUGUUAUGCGUGCUUCAAAACAACAAGUGUUAUGACCAAGAGGUUCUGUCCAAAGUGUGGCAAUGAUACAUUGAAGAAAGUUGCAGUAUCGCUGGGUGAAGAUGGAAAAUUGGUGAUCCACAUCAACUCAAAACGUCCCUUGAGUGGCAGAGGAAAGAAGUUCAGCCUGCCAAAAAUCAAGGGUGGUAAGCACCCAAAUAAUCCUGUUUUGGUCGAAGACCAACCUAUGCCUGAUAACAAGCCAUCAAGAUUGGCCAGGAUGAAGAAUAAUCCUCUGGAUGAUGAUUAUAUUGCCGGUUAUUCACCAUUUGUGAUGAGGGAUAUAAACUCAAAAUCUGCACAGUUAGGAAUCAGGCCUGGACAAGAGUUCAAGUAUUGGAUGAAGAAAAAUCCAAAUGAAGCAAAUAGAAGGAGGAGAAAAUAA